AUGGGAAAUUUAGUUCCCAUAUUCUCUCAGACACCCGCCUUAUCCUCUCAUGGUUCUGUAGUAAAGGGAUUCUUUUUAUCCAGUCUUUCUGGGACACCGGACACCACCUUUCCUCCUCACAACCUCUACUCUCCAUACACCAUCCGAGCUAUGCGUUUGUCCUUGCCACUUGUUAAGCGAUACGUGCCCCUCAGGGCUGCAGCUGGUGCCACUGCUUUCACAUAUCUUUUCUUGAUAAAAAGGUCGCAACACGUGCAAGAAAUGCAACUAUUAGAGUUCGCGAAAUGUGAUCUGCCUGCCAUAGAGGAAGCAAACGUUGUUGUUAUCUACGAUAAAGGUCGUGGAUAUCCAGCAGAUUGUUCGGGUGGUCAGAUCUCUGAUAUUUUGCAGAAGUUUCACUUUCCUCAAAGAGUGUUAGGAUGA